AAAAUAUUCAAUCAAGUUAUGCUCCAAAACCUUUGCUAUUUCGCAUCAACAUUCAAAAACAUAUGUACCAACACAGAUAAUCAAUAUAUAAUGGUAACUGUGCCUUUUCUGGUACGCCAAUUUUGCCGCCUGGUGGGCGUACAGUCUGUUUUCUUCGAUUGUUUAUUGUUCAUUGUUUAGUUCAGUAAUAUUUUAUCUGGAAAUUGAAAAUUCAGAAUCUCACUUCUAUUUAUAAGCUAAAAAGUUUCAAAAUGAUCAAGAGGAUUAUCUAAAUUAUACUGGUGAAAAAAGUUUUUAUGCAUCAGAACAAUCACAACAAAUAGAAGAUAAACAUGAAUUUGUUAAACGAAUGCUGACACAAUUUAGACAACACACAACCACACAAACGAGAACGAUGUUGCAGCCAGCGACAAACUGCAAUCUACCUCAAGUUCAAAUUCAACAUUCUCUUCUACCAUCAAAUAUCACUCGUUCACCAAUCGCACCACAAUCAUCUUCAACUGUAUCAAAUGAAGAUCAACAACCUUCAACCUCUCGACAUCCUCAAGAUAUCGAACAAGCAUCUACUAAUUUACUAAAUUCUCAUCAACCAAAACCAUGUUCUUCAACGAAAAUUGCAAAUGAAUUAAUAUUGAAUGUAGAAGAAAUAAUAUCGUUACAAGAAAAAGAACAAAUACAGCAGGCUUUAGAAGCUUCGUUGCAAGAAGUAGUAGUUAACGAAACAAGACAAGAAAUUCAAAUAAACCCAUCAUCAUCAACAACAACAAUAACAGAGCCUCAUGACAGCGACGUGAACGA